CCUGGAAAAAGUCCAAAGAAGCCUGACAUUGGUCAUCUGAUCUGUCACGAGACCUUUGAGAGACACAGACACCUCGGAGCGAACAGUGUUGGCUCAGAGCUUUCUCUUGUUCGAUUGGGGACCAUUCCGGUACGUACCGAUUUUGUUUUCCGUCGCAUCCAACAAAGCCGAUUCUUCUUCUGCUCUUCCCAACUGCCACCAAACAUGCCCUCACUUCACUACGAAAACUCGCACUACUCUGUAUCACCAGUUGCAUUGAUUGCAUUGCAUACGCGACGUGUCGAGCUAUUCCUCCGGUGUUUCCAUCCCCCCUACUGUCGUUUUUUCUAUCCUACCGAUGCGACGGACGGACCGCGUUGGCUUCAUCUGCCACCACUCUGUCUACCAUUACCUAUGGACCAUUAUUGUACUUUCAGAAAUGAGAAACUAUGUUUGCUCUUGCACAAUCUACAUAUUGAUGUCGCGCGCUCCGCCUGGCUCCUUCUGCUUGGAAUUCGAGGUGUCGCGAUGGCUGGCAUUUGUUGCGUUGCCUGUGUCGCGCUCCUUGGCCUGGUUCACUCAUCAAAAGUCCACCAGCCUCACGCAUCUCUUACACGAUCGACGAGCUCAGCCACAUCUCAGCUUGCAUUACUUGUACUUGUACUACGAUGCCGAUGCUAACCACUAAUGGAUGUCUAGAAGCUAGGAAACAAAACGAUACAAGGCAAGAGCAAAGCAUCACAAACACGCCUCGAAACUUUCUUUAGGUGAGUUUGUAAUGCAUACGUACUUCGUACCGAAUCUCAUAACUGUCCCCGUCCUCGACCGCCAUAUCCUCAAUUAUCGGUCAACACAACAAGAAAGAGACGUCUUCCCGUCUUGCAUCUUACAUUCAAUAUUUCCCACGUCCCACGCAGACGCGGUCCACAUGGCAUCCCAAGCCCCCAGUCACAUUUCCCAGCCUCGCGCGUUUAGGCCAGAUCCGGGAGCUGGACAAGCACCUCAUUGGCUAGUGCCUCCACAACUUGCAUAAAUAUGCAUUUUAUGUCACCUUGCGGCCCCCCCUCCCCCCGGUCCACCCUCGUCCUCCUUCAACUUGCUCUUCCAACCAUUUCCUCGCAAAUUCACGAUCUCUUCCCUCUUUUUUUCUCAAGUCUUGCCCGUCUUCCGUGCUUUCUCCCACUCGGACCUCUUUCCUGCCUGACCCUUCUGGCUUCAACCACCCACACCCCCAGUCGUCGAUCACCCAGACGCACUGACCACCUCCUCCCUCUGAGUCUCUCACUCACUCUUUCCCUCUCUGACCUCUAACCCCCCGGUCUUUCCUUCCCGCCUCUUUCUCGUCGUCUCGUCGUUGCUGGCCCGUGGCUUCCUGCCCAACGCUACGCCACUACUUCUUAUUUUUUUUUUUUUUCUGCCGCUGUUUUCAGGCUGCACCCCCUUCUGAAGCAAGACCCGUCGCCCAGUCGCGAGUGCGCGCCUUCCUCCGAUAAGGCCAGAUAACCGGCUGUCCGGGGGCCACCCUUCCCAAGCUCGUUCUUUCUCAUAAAUAGGACGCGCCGCCAUCUCGGCCAAAAACCACUGACGUGCACGCGAUUUCCUCCGCCCAGGUCCUCCACCUUCCCGUAUCGCCAAAAAAGUACCUCGCACCUGCCAUUCGCGACGCGACACGGCCGGAUUAACCAUUUCGCCCAUCCCAUCGUCGCCGCAACCGACGAUCACCUCAACUUGCGACACCACCAUAUAAUCAAUUGCGCAUCGUCACUCAUCGUCGGCGCAUUCUGGAAUCUUUCCUCGGAUAUUUCGCGAUAUUUUCAGUACCUCCAUCUCCCGCAAUCGCCUCUGUCGACCCUGCGUGCCUCGCGCGUGCAUCGAAAAACAUCGCGACGCACCUUCCCUAAUUACAACCAAAAUUGCGCCGGCUCUUUGCUCCCAGCUGUUCCUGCCUUGCCACAUCCUCUCGUAUCUCGAAUCAUCGACGCGAUCGCUACUGCUUCACGCGCGACAACUUCAGAGUCAUAGAAUUUGGUCUGCGCAUACACCACCGCUCGAGUCAGCAACAACAAGGCGCUAUCCCCGACGUUAGCCAACCGAAUCCUUGUUGUGCAUCCCGCCAUCGCCGCAACCUAAAAGACAUCUGCGCGCGUCGCUACCUUCAUGUUGCGUCGCGCACAGUAAAUCUGCCCUUACCUCAACCACCAUAUGGCAGUCAUGGCGUCGCCUCAAUCAGAACGCGCCGUCCCGGAUCAGAAGCCGGCCGAAUCCACACCAGCAAAGGACGAUAGCAAGCCCGAAACCAAUGGUCACACCUCGCCUGCUGAGAAGAGUUCCGAGAAGGCAGACGAGUCCGCAAAGUCACCCAAAACCAAUGGCGACAGCAAGCACGAUGAGGAAGUGAAGGCGUCGUCCGAUGCGAAAGUAGCUUCCGCCAAUGAGAAGGAGACGGAGAAAGAGGAAUCAGCCAAAAAGUCACCUACACCGGCUGACGAAUCUUCUACCAAGCCCAAGUCCGCAGAGCCUGAGCAGUCAAAGGAAAGCAAGGAACUUAGCAAAUCUCUGAGCCCCCCACCUGCUGAGCUUCCCAACGACGUCGACAUGGCCGACGCUCCAGAGGUCGAAAAGGCGGAGAAGAAGACCGACGAGAAGCCAGAGGAGAAGGCAACUGAGAGGAAGGCGGAGGCUUCUGAGCCUGCGAAGGCUGUGACAGAAAUCAAAGACAAGGACGUCGAAAUGAAGGAGAGCGACGACAAGGUCAACGGAGCAAAGGACGAGUCGCCGGCGGCUCCUACAACUGCCGCUGACCAAGAGGAAAAGGACAAGCCUUCGAAGCCUGCAGACGAAGACAUGCCCAUGGCGGAGGCGCCAUCAACCGUUAGCAAGGUUUCUCGCGAGAGAGAAGAUGACGCCGAUGCUGAGCCCGCUCCCAAGCGCGCGAAGACCGAUUCGAAUGAUGGAGCCAUCGAGUCCACCGUCGAGGUUAAGCCCCAAGGCGCGCAAGACGAUUUGGCCAAGGGUGAGGCGGCUCUCGAAGACCUCCCUUCAUGGAUCGAUGCUGCACGCGACCCCAAACCCCUGACAUCUCACCAAACGAGAGAAUUCCGCAAGGUAUUGGCGGGUGUAAAGAAGACCAAACACGGCGCUCACUUCAAGGACGCGGUUGUCCGGAUGUGGCCUAGCCUUGCCGAGAGCUAUCUCAUGCGGGUUAACAGGCCUAUGGAUAUCGGCGAGCUUGAGCGAGGCCUGCGCGACAACAAGUACAGCAGCCUGCGUCAGUUCAAGGAUGAUCUUGGAUUGAUCUACAAGAACUCAGUCACUUUCAACGGCAUCAACAAUGAAAUCACGUUCGCGGCACUUAGUGUGGUUAAGUUAGCCUGGACCCGCGUUUUCGAGAUUCCUUCCGACGAGCCCGCGAAGUCGAAGCCAGUGCCGAAGCCCUCCCGAUACUCAGAGUCACGGACAUCAGCCCCUCCGCCUCCUGUCCGUAGACAGCCUAGCAUUGCUGCCGCGAGCCCGCCGGCAAAGGCGGAGGCCGAAGCAUAUGCCGUUCCUCCUGGCGGUGUGCCGCAAGUUCGCCGUGCCUCGACACAGAAUGACUUGGACCGUCCCAAGCGCGCCAUCCAGCCCACCAAGAAUCGCGACCCCGACUACUCCUCCAAGACCUUCAACCGGAAGAAGUUGCCCAUUGAGCUUCAAUUUUGUUACGAGGUUGUCAGUGAACUGAUGGAUCCCAAGAACGCCUCGUGCAACCUCGCAUUCCUGUCCCCGGUCGAUCCCGUGGCCCUAGCCAUCCCCACCUAUUUUACCAUCAUCAAGCGGCCGAUGGACUUUGGUACGAUUAUGGCCAAGCUCAAGAGCUACGACUAUCCCGGUAUCAAGGAGUUCCAAACCGAUGUCAAGCAGGUCUUUAAGAACUGUUACAAGUUCAAUCAACCUGGCCAGCCCGUCUACGAGCAAGGUCAACAGCUCGAGCAAAUCUUUAGGGGUCUGUGGUCAAAGAAGGAGCAGUGGAUAAACAAGCACACCCCCGCCAAGCCAGUUGAUGACGGCUCAAGUCGCGAUAGUGAAGACGAAGCCGAGGAAGAGGAAGAGGCGCCAGCCCCUGCAGUUGAUCCCUCGGUGGCUGCGACGAUUGCAUUCCUGGAGAAGCGUCUCGAGCAGGAGACGAAGCAAUUGACCGAGCUCUACAAGACGGCGGACAUCGCUAGUGACGCUGUUAUCGACCUUCAGCAGUCUUUGCUCACCACCAUCCGGCAGCGUCUCAUAGACGAGAAGGCCAAGCUCACCACCACGAAGCCUGCCAAGAGCGCCGCUAAGGCCAAGCCGCCAAAGCCUGCUAAGUCGAAGGCGGCUAAUGUCCCCGCGAAGAAGGCAGCCGCGGCUCCCGUCUCGAAGAAGAGCGGUGGCGGCGUGGCUAAGAAACCCAAGCAACGAAACAUGAACCAAGCUGAGAAGGAUGCUAUCGCGAACGCUAUUAACGAACUUGAGAGUCCUCACAUAGAACGUGCCAUCGACAUCAUCAAGAAAGAUACUGGCCAAUCGGAAAAUAGCAGUGGCGAACUCGAAUUGGAGAUCGACCAACUCACCAAUGAGGCGCUUCACAAGCUGUGGGAUCUGUGCAAAAAGACUUUGCCGAGCUUUGGGCAGGGCUUGGGUUCGAACGGACCAGCACGUGACGCAUCACCAGUGAACAAUGCAGCGGCAAAGUCGUCGGCAAACAAGCCGUCCAAGUCGAAGAAGAACAAGCCCAUGAACGCUCAAGAGCAAGAGGCUCGCAUUGCCGAGCUCGAGCGGCUUCGCAAUAUGUACGACGGCAAGGAACCGGGUGAUCAAGAGCGACCUGGUAGCUCUGGUCGUGCGCACGAAGCUCCUGUUCACGACAAUGACAGUGAAUCUUCGGAUUCGGAAGAGGAAUAGAGAGGCAUAAUGAGUAGCAGCAACUUUUUGGGUCCAAAAGUCGCUAUGUGGCGUGGGGAGGACGACUGAAUGCGCCUGGUACCCUACGAUAGGGGAGUUUGGCGCUGUACUACUUGGCUCAUUCCGACACGCUAGAAAGGGCUUCCCUCGCGUGACGCUCAGCAGCAUCUCAAGCGGGCGCUUCCCUGACCCAUUGCCUCACGGCCCUGGGUCGGGGGUGGACCGCGGGGAUAGCGAUGACCGUGGACGUCGCGGAGGACUCCUGCGCAUUGAGCGCACAGGCGAUGUAUCUGCCCUACAGCGGGAUUGAGAAGAGCGUUGAUUUGCGGGCGUUGUGACUGUAUGCCCAAUACAUAGCAUCUUUUAUUGCCAGCUAGCGGACGUCAAAAGAGGCUAGCCAACAUUUGAGCUGUAGAAUAUGAUGUAUAAAACUUUUCAACCCG